AUGAUUUGGCUCGUGUUCGGUGACCCCGACGCACUAAACCACAGCUUCCUUCUCCCCGAGUCUCGGGGGGUAAAGGUCGUGGAGAACGGUGCCGGGAAGAAGAACGAGAGAAUCACGGUUGAUGUUGAUGCAGUACGCAGGACAUACGCAGCUCUGUUGGGGCUCGAGGUACCAGCAAUCACCAACGCCCUGGAGAACGCAAUGGACGUACACUCGUCGGCUCUGGCGCGGAAUAAGCGAUUCUGUCAAGUAGAGCCGCUCAACCACCUGGUGUUGCUGCUGGAGAAUCCACAGUUACACAGUCCAGAGUUUACCACGGCCUCGGGGAAACUCCUUGCAGCUGUCGCAGGUCUCCACGUCGUCCAGAAGGAGAUGUUGGCACGAUUCUACGCCACUUAUCCCGCAGCUCGUCUCCAGGAGAUGGUCUCAAACUUCCAGCAGCUCAUCACGAUGCAGCUACUGUUCUCUGACGACGAGGCGAAACCCCGCGGUGGGCGGAGCCUUCCUCAGCAUGACCUCCUCAUUGCAUCCUCGACCAAAGUCAUGAUGAUAUUCUACUUUGCCAAUCUCCUGAUGAGUCAGGGGUCAGGGGUCGUGAGGCCGAUGAGCUCGCGGAUGAGCAGCAUUGCCGCUAACCCCAAGCCCCGUUUUCUGGACGUCGUGGACUCCCAGUUUGACCAGCUCCUCGUCAGACUACGAGUCCACCCAGUUAAUGUCCUGAGACCACCGCUCCAGUGGGAGGAGUUUCGUAACGAGGAGCUCAACAGCCGAAUCAACAUGAUCUACGACUACCAAUUCUACGGAGACUCCUUCUUCCAGGAGAAGCAGUUCUCGUUUCUCGAGUACCCCUUCAUCCUGAGCACCGCCAACAAGGUGGAGAGGCUUCUGCUGGAUAAUAAAGCCAGUCACAUCAACGAGAGGCAGCGGACUUUCGUCCACACCCUACUGACAGGAGUGAGGGACACCCCCUUCCUCCACCUCCACAUCAGCAGGGACCAUAUUGUGGCCGAUACUCUCUCUCAGGUUAGCUUUAUCACGUACACACACAUCACCACGAUCCACGGAAGAACUUAUCUGAGGUAACGCGGUGAAGAAAGCUUUCCGUGUCUGCGCUUAUGUGCGUACAUUACACAGACACACAACACACUCACACUCACACUGACACUUAGUAGAAUGUGAGUUUGCAAAUGCAUUCACUUUCAGUUGGAGGCGAUAUCGGAGAUGAACCCUGUCGACCUCCGAAAGCAGCUGAGAGUGGAGUUCAAAGGUGAAGAGGGACUCGACGAGGGUGGGCUCCAAAAGGAGUUGUUUCAGUUGCUCAUCGAGAAACUGCUAGACCCAAUGUAUGGGUUGUUCAUGUACAAUGAGGUGACGAGGCUGCACUGGUUCAACCCCGCCUCCUUCGAGACGGAGAAACAGUUCCGACUAAUCGGCCUCCUGUUUGGGCUGGCCAUCUACAACAACAUCAUCCUGGACGUCCACUUCCCCAUGGUCGUCUACAUCAAACUCCUCGGCUGUCAGACCGUCUUCCAGGACCUCUUCUCCUCACACCCCCAAAUAGCGCAGAGUCUCCAGUCGACGCUGGACUACGGAGGCGAGGACUUCCAGGAGACCUUCAUGGCCACCUUCCAAGUCUCCUUCACCGACAUGUUUGGGAACCUGCAGACCUUUGACCUCCGAGAGGGCGGCGACAAGAUCCCCAUCACUCUACAGAACAGACAGGAGUAUGUGGAGGAGUACUCCAACUGGUUGCUAAAUGACAGUAUCUCCAGCCACUUCAACGCCUUCAAGGAAGGGUUUGAUCUGGUGAUGGGUCAGAACUGUCUGGCCGACCUCUUCCAGCCCGAUGAACUGGAGAUGAUGGUCUGCGGGAGCAACGUAAGUUGGUCCUGUAGCACAGGGAGACUGUGGAAAGAGCACACUGCAGGGUUGUAUAGUACAUAUUGUAUCACUGGAGGAAUGGAUUUCUGGGAGAUAGUUCGAGGGUUCAGUGAGGGGGAGAAGAGACGUCUCCUGGAGUUUAUCACCGGUUCCGACCGCAUUCCACUCGGAGGAAUGGCCAAACUAAAGUUCAUCAUUGUCAAGAACGGCCCUGACUCUACCAGGCUCCCUACGGCUCACACGUGUUUCAACGCCCUCCUCAUGUGCGAGUACUCCAGCAAAGAGAAACUGAGGGAGAGACUCACCAAAGCCAUCUCUUAUGCCAAGGGUUUCGGCAUGUUAUGAUGACCCCCACCCUCUCUCUCUUUCUCUGCUGAUCGAUAUUGUAGACACAACGUAUAGGCAUGCAAUGCUGUGUAUCAUCAAAUAAUCUAUGUUCUUAUUCUCGUGGAGUGUAAGAUGUAUGCACCACGUCAGCUGGCUUUGUGUUCUCGUGUAUACUGCAAGGUUUAUUAAAGUGUGUGGUCGGCACAUUACAAUUAGAGUCUAGUUGGAUUUCAGGGGUACUGCAUUUUUCACUUUCGCGACUUUUCUUGCCUCUCGGAUCCCGGUUUUGGAACACUGCAUCUCUGUCCAGCUUACGGGACCCAUGGGGUGGCCCCCCUCGCUAGUGGCCAUAAUCACUCCAAGCUCGUUUCUGUCAGUGGCUAGACCAUAGUGAGAGUGACUCUCGCCAAGGGAGACAACUCUAGCACGGAUUAUGUCCCCCGGACGAAACGAUGAGAAGACAUCAACGGUGUCUUUUUCAACGGAGCGUACGUCCUCCCUGCGAAUGACUCCGCUGAGUGGCUCCUGAAGCAGGGUCGUCCCCACACUAAUUAUCAUCACUUUGGCCUGCCGUUCUGAGAUGUUCAGUACCCUGGUCAUGACGAUUGAUCCCACACUUGGUACUGCACUCAGAGAGUACUUCCCUACCACGGAUAUCACACGACUCGGUUUAGAACCGCUUUCAGUUUUCCCUGAAUCGCUUCUACUUGUCGUUUUCUCAUGCUCUUCGAUUCUCACUUCCCCGACCAGUUCAGAGUAGAUCCGACCGCCCAUUUCGUACGUCCCCCGGCCCUGAAAGAACCGGGAGCCGUCCCCGAGAUAGUCUCCUGGUAUAACACGCUCUCCUUCUGGCACCUCUCCUCGCUCCGUCGUGGAUUGCAUUGCCUUCAGCCCCCCACCAUUCACCACGUG